AUGGCUUUGAUAAUGGAUCUUGAAUUUCCUUUUGAACAUGGGCAACUUCAGUCCUCUGGAAGUUUUUAUAAAUGUGCUAAAGAUAGCUUAUCAUCAAGUAUAGAAAUGAAUAAAAAAUCAUCAUUGCAACAGUCAGUUUCUUCUUUUGUAUAUGGACAACAGUCUUCUGACAAAUAUUGUGCCCUUAGUGUUUGUACUAGAGAUUUUUUCUCAGAAGUGGAUAGUUUUAGGGGAAGAAGUGUACAUGGUGCAUAUUCAGAUGUUAGUUCUUAUAGAAGUGUGCACAAGAGAAAUAUUGUCCAUAAAUUUGUUCCAGCUUCUGCUUUCAUUGGACAGUAUGAACAUUUUGAAGGAUACCAGCGUAAUAAAGCUAAUUUACCAUCUUCUGGCUUGUGUACUUCUGGAAAUCUCUUGAAGCGAUUUUCUUGUUUAUUUUGCAACAAAAGGUUUUAUCAGAAAAUUGAUCUGCAACGUCAUAUACGUGUGCAUACUGGUGAAAAGCCAUUUAAAUGCCAAAUUUGUUCACGCUCUUUUAAACGAAAUGAAUCUUUGAGAUAUCAUAUGACUUCUUUCCAUGGAUUUUGCAUGCUUCUGGAAGAUAUGAACACGGCAGAAAAUCUUGUGACUCAUCAGUUAAAUAUUGUUCAUUUUGCACAAAAGCAUUUUAUAAGAAUUUUUCUUUCAACAUCCAAAAGCAAAUCGGCCAGCAGAACAGAUUAUGGGAAACAUUCUGUGAUUAGUUUUGCAUCUAGCAUUGGGAGUGCUAAGCCAUUGUCUUCAGAAAUGUGUCGAUUUUUUUGUUCAUUUUGUUCAAAAGGAUUUCAUUUUAAGGCAAAUCUUGAGCGUCAUCUUCGUGUGCAUACUGGGGAAAAGCCUUUUAAAUGUGAAACUUGUUCAAAGUGCUUCACACGCAAAGAAUCUUUGAGAUAUCAUAUUCUUAAUAAACAUGAAAGAAAUUGAAUUAAAUUUUUCUGCUUGUUAAGGAUUUUUUUCACAUUACAGUGAGCAGAUUAUUUUAUGUUCUAAAUAUUUUUUAGAUUUUCUUAUUUCAGGUAUUUCUUGAUGUGUAUGUAAGAUAAAAAAUAUGUGAAUCAAAAUUAUAAUUUAAACUAAUGGCAAAACAUUAAUUCUCCCUCUUUGUUCUAAAAAUUACAAUAACUUCUCUGGAUUGCAUCAUUUCUAGAUCAUUCUAUGGCCUGCACAGCUCUGAUGACAUAAUAAUAAUUGGGAACUGAAACAACCAUUGUACACCAAAACUUUUCUCUUUGCGUGCUUCCAUCUUUCAUAACGCACUUCAUCUUCUGUCUGUGCUGUGCUAGGAUACAAUUUCACUAUGCUGCUUCCUAUUGCAAUAAUAUCAGUAAUGUAAAUGCUCUUGAACAGGCAUGAUUAGAGUGCAAUGUGAUCUGUGGCCACGUAAUGUUAAUUGGAAAUAAAAAUGGAAUUAAAAUCGCCUCGACUGCCAAGUUUUAUUAAGUCAACACAUUAGCUUACGACGCAAUCGGAAUACUUCCUCCACAAUGUAGGAUAACUACGUAUCAACAGUGUUUCGACUUUUCCUUUCCUUGUUUUUUUAUUAUGACACGUGUAUUGCUGGCAUUGUCUUAUACCUAUGUUCCAAUUCUUUUUAUGAUCUUUAUAUAUAUAUAUAUAUAUAUAAUUUUAAUAUUGUACAUUCUAAUAGAAUAAAGUAUU